GAGGCGCAGGGCGAGCUGGAGCAGCUGCUGCGGCAGGCCCCCCGCGACGCGGCCACGCGCGGCGGCGUCCGGGAGCUGCUGGAGCGCGCGCGGGCGGAGGGCGUCCGGCUGCCGCCCCACGCGCGGCUCUUCCCCGAGCGCCUGCGCCGCUUCGAGUACCGCCACGCGCCGCCAGACGUGCGAUCGCCCAGCGCCGGCGGCGCGGCGGCGGGCGGGGUGGCCGGGGCGGCCUCCGCGCAGCUGGGGGAGUGCGCGCCCGGGCGCGAGCGGAACCUGGUCGUCUUUCUGCACGGGUUCGGCGGCCGCAAGGGCGCCUUCGCCGCGCUCGCCGAGCAGCUGCGGCUGCCGAAGACCGCGGUGCUCGCCUUCGACGGGCCCGAGGAGCUCGCGCCCGAGCUGCUCGACGACCCGCCGGGCUUCUACUGGUUCGACGUGCUGGGCGAGGAC